UUUGUAUCAGAAGGGCAGGUGUUCGCGCCAAAGUUGCUCUUUUGCGCAUGGUGACUCGGAGCUCCGAGGUUUCUCUGCCUCCUAUAGUGAAUGGAUUGUGCUGGUUGGUUGGUUUAUCCUAAUGCUGAUUAUUGUAUUUACAUGGCGAGCUUUAUCAUGGUUGUGAUAAUCUAUGGACCACCAAAGUAUUUCUUGAAGGAUCAUGAUAUAUUUUCCUCCACGUUAUCUACAAAAGAGGAUUUGGUUAAUGUUCAAAAGAUUGUUACAACAAGUUCUGCAGUUACUUAUUUGAGAAGCUUACUUUACUGAGUUCAUUUGUUACCUCUGCUUGAAUCACAUCACGAUGGGAUUUCAUGAGUUGAUCAGGAAUGCCAUUUUUUUGGAGAUAGUAUCAGAAACUAAACCCUCUAUUGCUUGUGGAUGGAUUAUUACUAUAUCGUCAUAUGGCAAUUUGAAGAAAUAUCUACUAUGCGGAUCAUGUUAUGUAUCUUAAUUCUGAACAAGAAGACAGGGAUAUCAGGUCAUCUUUAUUGAAUGCUACUUGAUGUUCAAGGUUAUCCCAAUGAUGUAUCUUCUUGUUGGGUUUUAUCUUAUUGCUCCACAUGGGUUUCUAUGGGCCUUUUGGGACUGCAAGGAGGCACUAAUAGUGUUCAUUAGUGUUUCUCAUGUUAGUCCUUGUAAUGGUAACCUUAGCGUCAUUAUCUGCUUGCAUUAUAUAUCUUAUUUCUCAACAAGAAGAUGGGCAUUUCAACUCUCCUUUAUUCCAAUGCUAUUAUGAUAUAUGAAGGUUAUCUCAAUGUUAUAAGCUCAAACAUGGGUUUUGUUACAUCUAUUCAUUAUAUGAGGGGGUAGUUUUGUGACCUUUUGAAACUGGCACGAAGGCACUAAGAAUGUUCAUUAUUAUAUAUCUCAUAUUGUUCCAUGUAAUGGCAGGCGGGACUAUCAAGGUAGUGACUUGAGGGAUAAGCUUGCUAGAAGGCUUUCUCCAUCACGGAGGUAUUCACCUGUGAGAGAUGCAAGAGGCCGACAAAUGCUUCGUGAGUUUAGCUCUUCCAGAUCCCUUGAGAGGAAGAGAAAACGUAGGAAAAAGCAAGGCUUUGAUGGCCAAGGUGAUUUCUCUGGAAGCAUGAGAAUGUUGGAGGGAACUGAAGAUCGAGUUAAAGAAGGAAAAAUUAUGUCCACUGAUUCCAAGGAUGUUCUUGAGGAACAGUUAAAGAAAGUGCAGUCAGAUGUGAACAUUCUUGAUCGCCGCAAAUUUCAAUUAGGGGUCGACCUGGAAGAGAGCACCCAAGAAGCGGAUAGUCUUACUUCUAGAAUUCAGGAGCUUGAGGCUCAGUUGCUCAAAGAGAAAGAGGAACAUAAAAGGAUCACCUCAAAAAUCAAGAAGUUUGUGAAGGCACGUAGUCGUUAUUCACGGAUACAAGAUGAACUAAAGAGAUCACAAGUCCGACUUCAGAAGUUGGGAGAUCAGCUUGGUUCAGAUAUAUCUAGAAAUGGUGCCAAUGAAGAGGAUUCCAUUAAUAUUUUAAGUGAUGGAGAAAAUAUUGUUUCUCCUGUAACCAGUCCACAUAAUGAGCUGCAGAAUGAUGCUUCUCCCGGCAAGAAAAGGCUAUGUGUUAAUCUAUAUCCUUCUGAAGAACCAAAACAAGGGGGACAUCUGGACAAAACAAUAAGAUUCAAGAAACUUUCUAGGUGGAAUGUGCAACCUGCCCAAUCAAAUCGCAAUGAAAUUGAGCUAAUGAAGAAGGCAGUGAAUGAUGGAAUUGACAGUCCUAGGCCCCUAGCAAAUGAAGGCAAGCAUAAGCGAGGAAAGACUGUUCCUACUAGCAUAAUCUCUGCAGAUAAGACGAAGGGCUUGGAGUCUGCACUUGUAGUACCAUCAACCAGCAUGGCUGGACACGUAUUAGAGGAAGAAGUUGAAAUUGAAUUGGACAAAAUUGAGGUGGUCAAAACUGCUGAUACAGGCAGUGAGAAGGAACCUGCAUAUGAGACCAUUGGCGUGCCAUUACCACUUCCUCCACCACCACCAAUCCAUCAAAACAAUUAUUCACUGCAUGAGGGUGAUGAUGAGAAUGUAGAUGUAGAUGGGCUUGAGAUGUUGCACGUGGACAUUGUUUAAUAGUGGAAGUAAGAGUUUUGAUGUAUAUCUUGGUAUAGCUCUUAUUCUUGGUCCCAAGUUAGUGGAAGCCGAGUGGUGGGCAUCAUGUAUAACUGUAUAAGGUUGGACCCAAUGGAUGAAAUGUUUCACUUUUAGAUGUGUUUGCACUUGAAUUUUAUUUUGUUUUAAUGAUAAUGAUGAAGGUUGAGCUUAACAGUGAUGGCAAAAUCUUGAGAUGGUUGGUCAAA